AAUAUGAAGAAUGCCGACAUGGGGCUUGGUGUGUACACACAUUGUGUCUAAAGGUAUUUAAAAGGGAAUGAGAUUAAAUGGGUUUAGUGCCUGCCAUAUCUGCCAUGCUUCAUUGGUUGCUGGCAGAGCUAGUGCGUGAAGUGGACAGAACUAGGCAUGCACACAGCCAUUGUCUGCAUGUAAACCUAUUGUUUACUCUGGGUUUCAUGCAAAGUUUACUCUGCAUUUCUUGAGGAGUGAUUGCUUAAUGAUAGCAUGACAAUAAGCACAGGUGCAAAGUUAAUUGGAAUAUAUGAGGGCUGUAGGUUGAUUGACAAAAGAACAGGCAGGAAGGGGAGAGACAUAGCUAGUACUUCAGUAUUACUCCCAGCCCCCAGUCAACACACCACCUAGACACUGAAAACAAAUGUGCACUAGCCAAAGUGUGUUUUGUAAAAGUAGAGAUUGUUGGGGAUGAGAACCUCAUGGAAGCCAUAUCUCCAACUCAGAAGCCAUGCCUCCCAAUGUCAGGACUGAGGACUAACAUAGCACUUUCUGAGAGCACAGAGAGGGGAGCUGCCACAUGUUUGUCAAGUGGGAUAAGACUACUGAGUGAAGGGAGUCAUUUUGUGAGGUCAGCAGCCAGGGAUGUGCCUUCAUCUUGUGACAAAAUCCACCCCAUGACUGGUGAGCCAAUUUGCCUCUUAAUUCCAGACGAGGUAGCUGAAAGAGGCUUCAGUGGAGAGCUAAGGCUCAUGCCUGUUGUCUCCCUGUGUCCCUGCCAGAAACCAUACCCUAACAAGCCAGCACAAAUAGCUGCUGUCUCUAUCUUUCUUUAUGACCCAGCAGGUCUGCCUGUAUUGUUCUCCACAAAGGAAGCAUCAUGUUCUUUUUUUAAAGAUCCUUCAUGUCUAAUAGCAUGGGAGAAAUAUGGCUAUCAGGCAACACUGAAUUCAGAUCCCCAUGGGGAAGAAGGUAAAGAUACUGCAAAACCUGAUAUCAGAUACAAGCUUCAUGCCAGCCACCAACAGGACUCAGAUGCUCAGGAACAAACGCUCCUGCUCUUCCUCUUUCUCAGCUACUCAGAUCAGUUUAAUGACAAGACAGUCUAUAAUUUCUGGGACCGGCAAGUGAUCCUAUCACAUCUCUCUCCUAUCCUGUUGUGCAGCAAACAAGCUGUGAAAGGCUGCAUCCAAGGAGUGGUCAGUAGGAUCCUGGAGCAGCAUUACAAAGUGUCCCGGGAACAGCAGAAACUGGCACAGUCUUUGCCCUUCAUGGCAGAUGCCAUUUCAAGUAUAGUUUCAAGCAGCACUGACAGUGAGUUCAGAAGGAAAUGCCUCCAGUCUUUGCAGGUUGCAGAUACCCAGAAGUUCCAAGUGACCAUCAAAGAUACCUUCAACAAAGUCAUUCUUAACCAGUGGAAACAUAGCAGUGCAUGUGACGCCAGAAGGCCAUUGCCUAAAAACGAUGAGGCAGGAGUAGGGCUGCUUAGUGCAGACCUUCCUUUACCCACCAUUCACCAGAAGUUAUUGGGCUCGAACUUCAGUUCUGCACAGCUGGAGCAAGGAGAAAAAGGAUUUCUGUUUGUCAAUUCAGACUGUGGUGGAAUGAGCCAAAAAGGAAGCAGGAAGAUCCAUGUGGAGGAUUCAGGAGACCCACAUAUCACUGGGGUGGCUAAAAGCAAGGAAAAGAACCUGUUAGCAGAAUCAGGCACCUCUUCAAGCUCUUUCUUCUCAUAUCCAACUAAAAUUGGGUGUGGUGCUCUCCAAGAUAAAAGCCAGGUGGUGUCUGCAGGUCCUUCAGUGAAGAAAAUCCGAAGCCAUGAAAAUCUAUGGCAGGAUGAUCACUUUUGGAAACAAGAGGUCUCAAACUUGGCCAAGUGGACAUCCUGAAGUGGUUGCAGCCUGAGGACCUUGUAUUUCUGCAUUCUGGAAUUUCUGUGCAGGCCAAUAAAAGGGGGGAAAUCA